UGGGAUGAGCAUGGGGCCACUGUAUUCCAAAGCCGUGGAGUUUCUUCCUUCGCUGGGUCCCUAGGUGGGGCGGCCUGGCCCCGGGGCGCCUGGGGUUGCCGCCUUGGGUGGUGACCAGGAGGGAGACGGUUUGGCUUGGCAGGCAGCUGGGCUCAGCCUGAAUUUGCAGCCUGGGGCCUGGGUGAGAAGACCGUUUUCUGGGCAUGAGGAGGUGGGUGGCGGUUGGGAAACCUGUGCCGGGCAUUCUUGGUGCCCUGGGUGCUGGGCAGGGCUGUGUCCUCCUGGAGGUGGCCAGGGUGACGAGUGGCACAUUUCUACCCUUCCAGCACCGUCACACACCAAAGCGCCGUGGAGCCUGGUGCGUGAGUCUCCUGGAGAGGCUGGGGGGGUGUCGCCCUCCGAGGCACGGUGCUGUGACCUGAGAAUCUGGGACGGGGCAUGAGGGUCGGACGGAGGUGGCUUCCCGGUGGCCAUGUGUCCCAGCCCCUGGCCCUGGGCCCUGGUCUGUGUGGGGGCCUGCACGAAUGCUGGGUAAUUCCCAGCUGCCGCAGUGUGGGUCUUAAAGCUGAGCCCCAAGAGCAGUUCAGAAGACGGGACCAGCCGUCUUACACCUAGAAGAGUGGGUGUCACGUGUGAGUUAGCGCAACAACCAGUGGCCUCACUUGUUCUUGUGACUCUAGGGUGUCCUUAUGUGGGGAGUCUCAGUCCUGUUCUGGGGUUCUGUGCCAGACGGGGUGGGCCCCGUUGCCCCCAUGUGGCCUGACAUUUCAGGGUCCUGCCAGGCCUUUGCCCUCACCCCCAGGACUGCAGUGUAUUUUUGGUGGGAGCUCACUUUUAGCACAGAGAACUCCUGUGGAAAUGGCCCAGAUCGAGUCUGCGAUGCUUGUGGCUUGCUUGGGGACCGACCUGUUGUCAGACUGAUACCAGAAAGCAGCCCUAGAAACCAGCUCAUCCAAACCAAGACUCUGUCCUGUCCUGGGGAGCUCGCACGGGGCUGGGCCAGGGAGGGCAGGGGAGCAGCAGGCCUCAGCCCUGGGCUCGGGGCUCCAGACAGUGCUGCAGUGAGGCUGUGCUCCCCCCAAAAUACUGUGAUGACUGCAUGAGAGCAGCAGCCUGAGAGCCGGGACUCUGACACCCCCCUGACCCUCUAAAGUUUUCGACUUGAAGUGUCUUAGGGAGUUCUUCUGCGUGAAGCAGACCUCUGGGAUCCGCUGAGCUUUUUCCAGGUGCCUCACGCUCCCGGCCUUCUCCCCACCUGUCCUGUAGGAAGGAGCCGGGCUCACUGCCUUCCUGGAACAGGCCCUGCUGGGCAGUGGGAACGAGGCACCGUCUUGUUUUUCGACAAGAACCCCGGGGAGCCGUACUGGCCCUCUUUCCCCGCCCUGUCAUGCUGUGCAGGUGCUCUCCUCUCGCCCUGCUUGGAGCUACCUUCCCACACUCCCCGCAGCAUCUUCCAUGUGGGCUGCUGAUGGGGCAGACGGCUGUCCCUUGCAGGUUCCAUUCCCCCCUUUCUGCUACACAUGGGCCCCCCAGCUUUGCUGCCUGGACUUGAUGGUCUUCACGGUGCUUGAGGAGAACUCGGGGACAUGCCUGACCUGCUCCAUGUCUUUCCACACCAGGCUUGGGGUUGCCAGCAAGAGGAAGCCGAGAAUGCCCUAACUGGGGGUCAUGGAGAGAGGCGCCCUUUGGGCAGGCCUUCUAGGCUGAGCUGAGGAUUGCCUCCCGAGGAGAUGGCAGCCCUCCACACGGCUCCUGACGCCCCUGCCACCCAGCUGGAGAGGGCGGAGGACAGGGUAGAAUGUGCUCCCCACCAGGAAGAGGAGGAGGAGGAGGAAGAAAAGGAGGAUGCAGUGGAGGAGGUGGAGGAGGAGGAGGAGGAGAUAGUGGUGGAAGAGGACGAGGACCUGGCGGAGGUGGUGGAGGAGGCAGAGGCGGAGGAGCAGGUGCAGGAGGUGGCGGAGGUGGAGGCAGAGUUGGAAGAGGAGGAGGACGUGGAAGAGGUGGUGGCAGAGGAGCCGAGGCCCGUGUCGGGGACCCAGGAGCGGCUUGGCUGUGGUGGUGGUGCCGAGCCCCUGGUUCUUCAGGAGGAGGCCCUGCAGACCUCCUGGGUUCCAGCCAGGGAUGAGGACCUUGAGGAGGAGGAAGAAGAGGAGGAGGAGGAGGAGGAGGAGGCUGAGGAUGAUUUCGUAGCAGCAGGGUCUCAGGGGCUGGUGACCUUUGAAGAUGUGGCCGUGUACUUCUCCUUGGAGGAGUGGGAAAGGCUGGAUGCUGGCCAGCGGGAUCUCUACCAGGAUGUCAUGCAGGAGAACUAUGGGAUCCUGGUGUCCCUGGGAUACCCGAUCCCCAAGCCCGAUCUGAUCUUCCGGCUGGAACAAGGGGAAGAGCCGUGGGUCCCAGAUAGCCCCCGUCCCGAGGAGGGGGACAUUGUCACUGGCGUCUACACAGGGGCCUGGUUCUGGGCCGACGACAUGGAGGACCACGAGGAGGAGGACGACGAGGACUUUUUGGCGGAGGUGGCCGAGGAGGAGAACGAGCCCCCCGGACUGUGGUCGGCGGCCUACGGCGUGGGGGAUGUGCCUGGCACGUGGGGCCCCGACGACUCGGACUCGGCGCAGACCUCGGAGGGGUGGGGGCCCGACCCGGGUGGCCUGGAGGUCCUGGCCGACGGCUCCGACACGAAGCCUUUCCUGGCCAGCCGAGAGCCGGGGGCGAACCUGCUGGCCCCUUGGGCGUUCCCGGCCGCUGUGGCCGCCCCGGCCGGCCGGCCCGAGACCACCUGUGACGUGUGCGGCAAAGUGUUCCCGCACCGGUCACGGCUGGCCAAGCACCAGCGCUACCACGCCGCGGUCAAGCCCUUCGGGUGCGACGAGUGCGGCAAGGGCUUCGUGUACCGCUCGCACCUGGCCAUCCACCAGCGCACGCACACCGGCGAGAAGCCCUUCCCGUGCCCCGACUGCGGCAAGCGCUUCGUCUACAAGUCGCACCUGGUGACGCACCGGCGCAUCCACACCGGCGAGCGGCCUUACCGCUGCGCCUUCUGCGGCGCGGGCUUCGGCCGCCGCUCCUACCUCGUGACGCACCAGCGCACGCACACGGGUGAGCGGCCCUACCCGUGCCCGCACUGCGGCCGCAGCUUCAGCCAGAGCUCGGCGCUCGCGCGGCACCAGGCCGUGCACACCGCCGACCGGCCGCACUGCUGCCCCGACUGCGGCCAGGCCUUCCGCCUGCGCGCCGACUUCCAGCGCCACCGGCGCGGCGGUGGUUGCGCGGAGCCUGGUGGCAACGGCCCGCGGCAGGAGCCCGGCGACACGGCCGGGCCCGAGGAGACCGAGGCGGAACCCGAGGGGCCUGAGGCGGGCGAGGCCGACGUGGAAGGCGAGGCAGGCGAGGCAGGCGAGGCGGCGGCGGCCGAGGAGCAGCCCAGCCCCGCGCACAAGGAGCCCGAGCCGGCCCGGCGGCCCCCAGAGCUGGGGAACGGCCUGAGCGAGGGCCCGGGCCCGUCCUCCCACCCGCUCGGCUUCCAUUUCCCCAUGCACCCCAAGGCUUGGCUGCACCCGGACACUUUCCCGCUGCUGGGCCUGCCGGACUUUGGGGAGCGCUUGCCGCCCGACGGGCGCCCCCUGCCGGGAGCCCUGGGGGGCCCGCUCUCCCUGGUGGAGGGCGCGGGGCUGGCCUGCGACCCUUUCAGCGGCGGCGGCGGCCUGCGGCCUUCGUUCGGGCCCGCCGUCGGGGGGCUGCUGGCCGAGCCGGUGCCCGCCGCGCUGGCCGAGGAGGAGAGCCCGUGGAUCUGCUCCGACUGCGGCAAGACGUUCGGGCGCCGCGCGGCGCUGGCCAAGCACCAGCGCUACCACGCGGGCGAGCGGCCGCACCGCUGCGCCGACUGCGGCAAGAGCUUCGUCUACGGCUCGCACUUGGCGCGCCACCGGCGCACGCACACGGGCGAGCGUCCCUUCCCGUGCCCCGAGUGCGGCGCGCGCUUUGCCCGCGGCUCGCACCUGGCAGCGCACGUGCGCGGCCACACCGGCGAGAAGCCCUUCGUGUGCGGCGUGUGCGGCGCGGGCUUCAGCCGGCGCGCGCACCUGACGGCGCAUGGGCGCGCGCACACGGGCGAGCGGCCCUACGCGUGCGGCGAGUGCGGCCGCCGCUUCGGGCAGAGCGCGGCGCUGACGCGGCACCAGUGGGCGCACGCCGAGGAGAAGCCGCACCGCUGCCCCGACUGCGGCAAGGGCUUCGGCCACAGCUCGGACUUCAAGCGGCAUCGGCGCACGCACACCGGCGAGAAGCCCUUCCGCUGUGCCGACUGCGGCCGCGGCUUCGCGCAGCGCUCCAACCUGGCCAAGCACCGGCGCGGCCACACCGGCGAGCGGCCCUUCCCGUGCCCCGAGUGCGGCAAGCGCUUCUCGCAGCGCUCGGUGCUGGUGACGCACCAGCGCACGCACACGGGCGAGCGGCCCUACGCCUGCGCCAACUGCGGCCGCCGUUUCUCGCAGAGCUCGCAUCUGCUCACCCACAUGAAGACGCAUCGCGGGGCGGCGGCGGCCCCCGCGCCCAAGGCCGAGGCGCACGCCAAGGGGCCGGGGCCGGCGGGCCCGAGCGCGGGCGCCGGGGCGGGGGACCGCGGCAGCACCCUGCUGGAGUUCGCGGGCGGCACGAGCUUCGGCUCCGAGCGGUCGGCCGCCUUCCCGGGGCCCUCGGGCGCCUUCGAGGAACCCAUUAUGUAAGGGAGGUGCAGCCCGCGGGCCGACCGGCCUCUCCCCUGGGUGGCCUGGGCGCAGGCCGCUGGGUGAGGGCCCCUGCUCCCUUGGCCUCGGGGGUCUGAAGCGCUCGGUCCUGGGUGCGGUGCCUUCCCUUCGGUCUCCCGGCCCCCGUUCUCGGCCUUACCCCUGUUCCGGGCGUAGAGAGGGGGCCGGCGUGCCCGGGGCCGGACGGCGAGUGGGGCCGGCUUGGGAGCCCAGGUUGAGGAAAGCGGAAGCGGGUCGGGCCGGGCGGUGGUCCCCCGACGACCUGCACCGCCCGUCCCGGUUCGGCGCUGCGAGGCGGAGGCGGCAGGUAGCGUUAUUUAUUUGACUCCAUUCAGAUUUGGGUGACCAGGGGCAAAGGUGGCUUGUGAGUUUGUACCCGGGUUUUACGGUGAUGGAGGGAAGCCCCCGCGUCCAGGGGAGGGUGGGGCAAUCAGGGGAAGAUCCCCGGCUCCUCCCCUGCUCAGCACAGGUGCCGGCCUCUGGGGAUCAACUUCUUGCCCUUGCGGGGUGGGGUCCCCGGGGGCCGCUGGGGAGGUUGUUUCUCUAAGCCAGGGCGAUGGCAAUGACCCUGGGGAACCUUUUAUUGUGACGAUCGGCUGUGGUAUUUAUUUCCCUCUCUGUAUGGCCUGAAGGACCGGGAGGAGGAGGGGGGAAAAGCCAGAAACCAAAUCCGUGGCCCGGGCGGGUGGGUCGCAGGAGUUCGCGGGGUUCCGAGGAGUGUGACGCCUUAUCCUCGGGAGUCGUUGGCUCCCCGCCCCUACCUGAACCCCGAGGCCCGCGAGCGCUAGUUGGGUACGCCGGAUCCGCCCCAGGCUCGGCCUCCUCCUCCCGUUCUCUGGCAAUUUUACCUCUGGGGGCUGGAGGUCGCACACUCGGAGAUCCAGGCUCCCGGGACCUGCAUCCCAGCUUUCUGUUCCCUGGGUUGCCUGCUCCCCUGCAGCAGGUGGGCGCGCCUAGCCCCGUCCUCCUUAGAUUUAGUAACUAAGCUUAACGUGGCUGGGAUUGGUCGCUGGGUCUUUCCCCACAUCCCGUAAUUAGGGCCCCGCGACCUCUACCGGUCCCUUUUUAACCCUGCUUCUGUGACUCCUACACCAGAAGCGAGUCGCGAUUCAGUUUGGACCAUUUCACCGGGAGCGGGACAUUUGCGCAGAGUCAGGGUCCACCUGGGGGACUGUGGGCCUGAGCCCUUGGCCCAGCAACAGACAAACCGAGCACCCACCUAUGCAAGGCCCCACCUGGCCGGUCCCCUUCCCCUGGGCUGGGCCGUUGGGGGCCGGGCAGGCAGCUGAGGCAUGGCUCCGGCUAGACUCCUGCCCUGGUGCUUUUGGGGCCAGCACGAGUGGGGCCAGAAAUCUGAGAUUUUGAAGCACCUGCAUUCCUUUUUAGACCUAGUUCCUUCCAUUUUAGUGUAGACAUGGCCUUGGAGGCUGAGUGCCAGCAGCCUUGGGGCUGGGGCUGGGGGCGGGUUCGAGGCGUGUUGUCGGUGGGUGGGAAGUGGGUCUGGGUGGUGGUGAGAAUUGGCCUGGCUAGGUGCACAGGAGGGCAGGGGGCCGGGGAGGCACUGGGAACGUGGAGAUUCCUGAUCAGUCCCUGGUGCCGCCAGCUCUGGUUCUGAUGCCAGUUUCUCUCUUUGAGGGGUGGGAGCCUCAGAAAGGGCCAAGGGGAAGGUGGGCAGGAGGCCGCGGAGUUCGCCCCUCCAGUGCUUGCCUUCGUGCCCCUCCUGGCCCCCUGCUCCUGCCCUGCCGCUGUGGGCAGGAGAAGCUAGCUUUAAUAAAGAGUGGAGAAACGA